AUGACUAAAGCUCCAGAAUUUAUAAGAGUGAAAAGAAGGAGAGAUGAGGGAUCCGUUCAUGCACUUCUGAUAGAUGAAGAUAAGAGGGCCAAGAGAGCAAAAUAUGUUUUUAAGUUACAAAAAACAAUAAAUGAAAACUCAUACGAAAACGAGAAGGAAUCGAACACACCCUUGUUGAAACUAUCUAACGAUGAUGGUCGACAUUUUGUAUUAGAACAACAUAAGAGGAAAAGAGAUAAACCUGAUAGUGACAAUGAAAUAGAACCACAAUUAGACAAACAAGGUGAUCACACUGAUAAAUUGCCUACUGAUAUUGCUCAGAUGGUAAAUGACUAUUUAAAAUUACAACCAAAUAAUGACUCCACACGACUAAAUACAAGCCAAAGGAAGAAACCGACAAAAAAAAGGUAUUUAAAUUCUGUAACAUCCCUACCGAGUCAGGACUACGUCUACGAUAUUUACCACCUGGAGAUUGUCCCAGAUACGGAAUUGAUAACAUAUGAUAGUGAUAACAAUGUCGGGUUCGUGAAAAUUGUCAAUAAAUAUGUAGAUUUACUCCCAGAUGAUGAAGAAUACUCUGAUUCCCAAAUAAGGUCCGACGAUGAAGAUUCCAAUGAUGAAAAUUAUUACCAAAAUGACUAUCCUGAAGAUGAAGAUGAUGAUAGAUCAAUCCUUUUUGGUGAAGAAGGCGAGGGUAUUGCCGAUGAUGAAGAUGAAAUGAGCAAAAGUCAGCAGAUAUCUGAAUUACAGAAGUGGGGAGUUGUACCUUCAAAUGUAGAAGAAUGGGAAGAAUCUAAGAGUGGAGAUCAAACGGUUGACAAUACAAAUGAGUAUUCUGAGCUAUUCAACAAAUAUGAAGAUAGUGAAAAUAUUUUAUACUCGAUCAAUAAAAAUCACGUUGUUGACGUGGAUAUGGACAAUACUAGGCAAGCCUACUACGAUGAAGAUGACAAUAUUGAAAUAAAUGACACAAUCAGAAAUUCAAGUGCCAACAACGAUAACGAUCGGAAUUUUGAAUAUGAGCGGAACACUUUUUUUGAGACUGAUCGUGACGAUCCUCUGGCCCAACAUCGAGACAAGAUAUUUGGCGAAUUACAAAGAAAAAUAAAUGAAUAG